UAAAUUAUAUAACUCUAUGCUAAAUGCUCCAGAAGUUAAUCAGUGUACAAAACUCCUUUUACAGGAAGAGUGCAAAGCACUCUUCCUUUGUAUGAGGAACAACAUGACUGAGUUAUAUGAGGAGUUAAUUUCACAAUCAAUUUCAAAACUUGCAGAACAGUUUACCUUAACCCAUAAUUG